AUGGAUACUUCUCCACCUCUUCUUACACAUUCUUCUUAUCCUACUACUUCAUCUCCUAGAUUAUCUGAUAUUGAUCAACAUGGAAAUUCUCAAAACUCCAAUAAUAACAACAACAGUUAUCUUCCACAACCACCUCAUCAUCAUUCUCAACAUCCCUACCAUCCUCAUGAUCGUAGAGAUGAUGGUUAUUAUUAUGAACAUAGCAAUAAUGUAAGGCAUAAUAGCGGAGCUCAUUCAUACAACAACAACGAUCAGCAUCCUUCCGUUGCUGCUAGUUCAUCUUCUACAUCAGCCACUAAUACUCACGAGCCUCCUCCAUCAUCACAUCACGAUAUUCGUGAUUAUAAAGAUCAAACUAAACCUGAAGAUCAUAACAAUAAUAAUUAUCAUGCAUCAACAUCAUCAUCAACUGCAAUGGCCGUUGAUAAUCCAAGAGAAAAUAAUGUCGACGACAAUAACGACAACAAUACCGCCACCAAUAAAAAUGAUAGCAGUAGCAAUGACAAUAACAUUGAUAGCAGUAAUAGCAAUCAAAGUAUUCCACCAUUUAGUACAUUUCAAGACAUUCCACCACCUCCACCCAAUACUUCUUCAUCAACUUCAUCUAAUAUAUCCACCAGUGCUCAUAAUCAAAAUCAACAAUCAAGAUCGUCGCCACCUCCAUUACCUCUAUCACAACUUAAUCACAACACUGCUACUGCAGAAUUAUCGCCAACGACAGCAACAACAUCGUCAUCACUACCUCCACUACAACCUUCAAAUGAUAUGGAAAUUGAUAACGAAGACUCCUCAGUUGAACGUAAUACUAGCAGUGGUACUGAUAAUGUUACUAAUAAUGGUGAUGUUACUAGUAAACAAGAUAAUGAUGAUGAAGGUGAUGAAAUAUCAUCAUCCGCACGUAAUGAAGAAAUUUCGUCGUCGUCAUUACCACCUGAUGAACCAAGAUCACAAAGAUUGGCACUUAUAUUAGAUAAUAACAGUGGUGAAGGCGCUACAGCACCGGUCAAUCCAACAAAAACUACGGCUUCUUCAUCCAACAGCCAAAUAGAUGAAGAUUAUGAUGAGGACAACGAUGAGGAAACCGAGAAGAACAAUGAUAAAUCAUCAACCGUGUCAGAUGUUGCUUCCAAAAAUAAUGAGCAAACUACAACGACAGUUGAUGAAGUGCCACCACAACAAAGUGAUUUAAAAUCACCUACCACUAUAAAGAAAAAGAAAAAUUCUCAUAGUGACAAUGAUGAUAAUGACAGUGAUAAUAGUCAAAAUGAGGAUAAUCGUAAAAAAGUAGCAGAAGAACAAAAAAACAAAACAUCUUCAUCUUCAACGACAAAAAUAAAAAAAUCACCAAAACGUGCAAAAAUCUCUUCUCCUAAAGAUGAAGAGAGUUAA